GCAUCAAGUCACCAGACAGGCUCCAGCGUCCACACACUGUAAGGUAUUAGUGCAAGCACAAGGAGACUCUAUUCGCUAAAAUAAUGGAUGGGACAAAGCCGGUCAUGGAGUCCAACGCGGAGGAGACCCAGGACGAGGGACAGGAGAGCAAAGGAUGCUUCGAGUGCUGCAUCAAAUGUCUGGGUGGGGUGCCCUACGCCUCGCUGGUGGCCACUAUCCUUUGCUUCUCAGGCGUGGCUCUUUUCUGCGGCUGUGGCCAUGUGGCACUGACCGGCACCCUGACCAUGCUGGAGAACCACUUCUCAAGGGUUACCAGCGACCAUGCCACCCUAACUCUGGUGAUUCAGGUGUUUCAGUACAUCAUCUACGGCAUUGCCUCCUUCUUCAUCGUCUAUGCCAUCAUCCUGUUGGCUGAGGGGUUUUACACCACUAGCGCCAUCAAGAAGGAGCUGCAGAGCGACUUUAAAACAACCGCCUGCGGACGCUGCAUCACUGCCUUUUUCAUGUUCCUGACCUACAUCUUUGCUCUGGCCUUCCUCGCCAUCUUCUGCUUCACGGCGAUACCAGUUUAUCUCUUCUUCAACAUGUGGAUUACCUGUGCUGCCAUGAGAUCUCCUGACUCUAACAUCACUUCUCCUGAGUCCAUCUGUGUGGAUAUGAGGCAGUAUGGUAUUAUUCCCUUGAACGCCACACCAGGGAAAGCUUGUGGGGCCACACUGGGAGAAAUUUGUACCACCAGCGAGUUCUACCUGUCCUAUCACCUCUAUAUCGUCGCAUUAGCCGGUGCUGGAGCCACUGUUAUCGCGCUGAUCCACUACCUGAUGAUUUUGGCGGCCAACUGGGCUUAUCUGAAGAGUGCUGCCUCCACGCACGACUACCAGGACAUCAAAACCAAGGACGACCAAGACCUGGAGGCCGAGGCGCGCUCGAAGGAUGGCCAGAACUCCUCCUCUUACUCAUAAGGACAAGCGAUCCUCUUCCGCCAUUGCCCAUCUCCUCUCCACACCUCAACCCCCAUCCCACAAAACACACAGCACCCUCCCCGUCCCUCCGAUAAAACAAACCACCUCGGUCAUGUUUGAUAGUCCCCCAACCUCCUGAUUCUCCAUCCUCUUCCCUCUGCGCAAUGCUUGUUACUCUUGUGUGCGUGCUCACACCAGAGAGGAAGAGAAUCGAGGGUCAGGAGAAGCGGCAGGCCCAGACGGAGGCCGUUGCUUCAGAACGUGAGAGCUCGCCCGCCAGGGUCGAGCUCAGGUACAGUACAUCGGUUCAGAAGCAUCUCGUCCCUCUUGUGAAUUUGGGCGACGGCUCGUGAACGUGGCCCGGCUGUGACGGCUCCGUGCCCUGAAUCAGCACGGCGUCUCGACACACAGCUCCUAACAGCCUAAUAAAAAAAUAAAUAAAAAUAAUAAUAAAAAAAAAAAAACAUUGUUCACCGUCUGCUUCAGCCACUGGGAAGCCAGGCAGCGACCAACUUCCUUUGUUUUUUGGUGUUUUAUAUGCAUAUAUAUAUAUGAAUAUGAAUAUAUUGUGCGAAUGUGUAUGAAUGUUGUUGGGUUUUUUUUUAAUACUCUGAAAAGUAUGCCAGGUACUAUUAUGAUCUUUCUUCUUCUUUAUGUUUUUGGGCUCAUAUUUUUUUCCUUCCUUUACUUUUCUUUCCAUCUUGAACUUUUUAUUGCUUAUGCUCAAUACAUUGUUGCACUAUUUAAGAAAUACUAAAUUAGGGGGGAAAAAUCCCUCAAAAAAAAAAAAACUGCCCCAACCCUCUCUCCUUCAUAGAAAUACCUUAAAGAAUCUCAAGUCACAUGGUAUCUCAAGGUUUAGUGUGCAACUGCCAAAUUAUUACAAAACCAGGGGGGGGGCGUAGCAAACUUUUAGUAAAUGGACUAGUUUGGAAAAAUAUGCUUAUAUGCUUUCAUGUCAAGGAUUGGAUAGUUAAAAGCUUUCUUUAUACAAGCUAAAGCAGGAGCUCUUGAUAUUUAAUGUACACUCACGAGAGCUCAUCUAAUUCUCUCCAAGGAUGCAAAUAACCAUGCCAAACUGUUCCUCUCGAGACCUUUGUGGUUUUUGCUACACUCAUCACCAGCAACAGCAGAAAUAAAAAAAAUAAAUAAAAAUCGACCAGGUCUUUAAAGAGACACACACCUCAGGUAUCAAGCCAAAUCUGAUUUGUGUUCCUUUCCAAAGCUUCGCCAUCUAAAGUCUUACCAGAUUACUAAACUGUCCUGUGUAAAUUACACACUAAAACCCUGCUUUAUUGGUUCCUCCUUUUGAGAAUGAAAUUCACCUGUAAAUAGUCGAAUCACCCUAAAAAAUAAACAACCUACGGCUCUCCCCGAAACAGGGAGAACACAAUCAGUGUUUUGCCAUGCUCUACGAUUAUUUUUAUCCACAAAUAUAUGUAAAUGUACCCUUUGAGAUAUGUGUUUAGCACUCAAAUACUAGUUCUGCAUUUGAUAUAAUAAUUGUAAUGUAACAUCUUAAAUGAUAUGUCGUGAGAAAGAUUCAGUGCAGUCAUGAUAUGAUGGAUUGAGGUGAUUGUGACGUAUACAUUUUAAAAUGUGAAGAAAAAAAAACAUACAGGAAUUUAUUUUUUAUUUUUUUCUUCUUUUUUCGGCAGCUGGGUUAUUGUGAUUUAAAAAUAAUUAUUUUAUGGAACAUGUUUGUGCUUAUGUUUCGACAGCCAGCCAAAUGAGUGACUCGUCAACACGUUUUUAUUUCCUAUUUCUUUCUUUUUUUUCUUCUUCUUCUAACUCAUAUAAACCACAGAGACUGUUUUGGAUGUUUACACAAACAAGUCAGGAAUUUUCAUACAUUAAUUUUAUAACCAGAUAUUGUUUAAUAAUCAUGAGCUAUAUUCUAUAACAAUUACCACUGGUUAGUCAACUAAAAAAAAGGAAAAAAAAACACUAAAGAAGACACAUUUUUGAGCUUUGAUGAGAUGAAGCAUGUCAGUAUUGUCCAUGUGUGCAGCUGUCUAUUCUGUAUAAAAAAGGACUAUAUUGCCAUGUGUGUUUUGUUUGAUAAAUAUACGUGCUUUGCCGGCAGGUUGAUGUAAAGGCAAACUUCAAUUUCCUAUAAGACGAUGAUGCGUGUCAGGGUAUUGUUGUUUCCUCGUUAUUUGCAUGAAGGAGACAUGACUGUGUCUUUGCAGUUUUUUCAGGUGAUGUGUAGUCAUUUGUACUGACAACUAUGGUAGGCGGUGUUUGCCCCGUUCCCCCACCCACCCACCCACUCUUUUCUAAAGAAAACUCCAUUGUACUUUGAUGGCAUUGUAGUCCCUUGUAGGUGUUUCAUUAUGGUUUCAUUUUUUAAGUUGGAAAUAGUUCUAUGACUCCUAUAUAGUGAUGAUUUUUGUAACCUUCUCUAGUAAAACCGAUAUUUUUUAUUAUCGUGA